AAAUAUAUAUGCUUGCUCAUUCAACAACAACAUCUCUAUAUGCACAAACCACUUUAACAUAACAUCACAAAACCAAUAUCUUAGUUUUGGUGGAGAGAAGAGAAAUUGAAGGAAACAUACUUAUCAUUACAUGAACUAGAUAUGACUUGCCCUCUUCAACUCCACCGAUUCAGCCCUGCAACAGACACAUCCACCGCCAUCGCAAACGGCGUCAACUGUCCAAAGCCAGCACAAACGGCGCCGUCAACGCGCCGUUUAUUGGCGAAAGUAGGCCUUAGCGUGACGGAGAUGGUUGCUCGGCACCACGCUCACGCGGUGGGGCCCAACCAGUGCUGCUCCUUCGUGAUCCAGGCGAUCGACGCGCCGGUCUCCGCCGUGUGGCCGGUGGUGCGGCGCUUCGACAACCCGCAGGCCUACAAGCACUUCGUAAAGAGCUGCCACGUGGUCGCCGCAGGAGGCGCCGGGGGCGACGACGGCAUUCAUGUCGGCGCCCUCCGCGAGGUGCGCGUGGUCUCCGGGCUUCCCGCCGUGUCGAGCACCGAGCGCCUCGAGAUCCUCGACGACGAGCGCCACGUCAUGAGCUUCAGCGUCGUCGGCGGCGACCACCGCCUCAGGAACUACCGGUCCGUCACCACGCUCCACGGCGACGGAAGCAACGGAGGGACAGUUGUCAUCGAGUCGUACGUGGUUGACAUACCGGCCGGUAACACUAAAGAAGAGACUUGCGUUUUCGUGGACACAAUCGUACGGUGCAAUUUGCAGUCCCUGGCUCAGAUGGCUGAAAAUAUGGGAAGUUAACACUGAAGAUUUUGUUUUGUCUCUAUCUGUUAGUGUUGGAAAUUGGUGGGUAGCAACAGCAUUAGGAUUUGUUUUUGGAGGAGUCAAGGUCAGACGGCAAUGGUUGAAAUGAAGAAUGUGACAUAUAAUAUAUGUAGUUCUCUUCUCAUCUUUUUAUUUUUUCCCAUUCUAAUAGCUGUUGAGUCUGAUCGAGUGAGUACUGCUGCUGCUUCUUUUGCACCGAAUCUUUGGUUGUUGUAUCCGUGCUCAAUUAGUUUUAUUAAUUCAUCUUGUUCCUGUAAUAUUGUAAUUAUAUCCUUUUUUAUGUAGUAGAAGAGGAAGAGAAUGUUUCUAUUUGAAUUAAUGCCAUACAUAUGUUGAUAUUAGUUUACAACU